AUGGGAACCUAUCAAGAUGUGCAUGCAAAGUUUGUUCAACAACUUUGGGACAGAGGAAUACGAGGUGCAAGUGAAAUCUACAAGCGAACUGGUGUACCAAGGUUCACUAUCUAUUAUAACAUUUCUAAACUAAAAAAAAAAGGAAAUGUAGAGCAUC